GGGUCAGCAUACUUCAGAAUAAAGCAGAUAUCCAUGUGCUGAUUUCCAAGUGUGAUAACUUGACUUCCUGGAAGCCUCUGCAGGAGAAAAUGAUUCUUAGAUGACUUCUGUAUAAAUAGCAAGCAGGAAGCUUUGACAAUGGCACCAACAAUCCAAUCCAAUAUUAAUACUGAGCGGGAUCAGCGCCCAGUAAGGCCAGGAGAGAAACGAUCUGAGUUAGUAUGCAGGGUAAAAUAUUGUAAUACUUUGCCAGAUAUUCCAUUUGAUCCCAAAUUUAUAACAUAUCCAUUUGAAUCAAUUCGAUUUAUUCAGUACAACCCCACAUCUUUAGAAAGAAAUUAUAAAUAUGAAGUUCUUACAGAACAUGACCUUGGAGUCCAUAUUGAUUUAAUUAAUAAAGAUACAUAUGCUGGUGAUCCUGGAGCAGUCUUGGAUCCUGCAGAUGAGAAGUUAUUGGAAGAAGAUGUUUUAACACCACAAGACUCAAAACGCUCUCGUCAUCAUGCACGAAGUGUCUCCUGGUUGAGGAGAACAGAAUAUAUUUCUACUGAACAAACAAGAUUUCAGCCUCAGACUAUGGACAAAGUAGAAGCGAAGGUUGGUUACAGCAUUAAGAAAAAUUUCAAGGAUGAAACACUUAUUAUGGACCGGGAUAGUCAAAUUAAAGCAAUUGAGAAGACAUUUGAGGAUUCUAAGAAGCCCAUUGAGAAGCAUUAUAGUAAACCAAAUGUUGUUCCUGUAGAAAUACAGCCAGUAUAUCCAGACUUUAAGAUAUGGAAGUAUCCUUGUGCCCAAGUUAUUUUUGAUUCUGAUCCUGCACCAACUGGUAGAUCUUUCCCAGCUCAGAUUGAAGAAAUGUCACAGGCAAUGAUACGAGGUGUCAUGGAUGAGAGUGGAGAACAGUUUGUAGCAUACUUUUUGCCUACUCAAGAAACUCUAGAGAAAAGACGCAAAGAUUUUACAAAUUGUGUUGAAUAUGAGGAUGAAGAAGAGUAUGACUACAAAAUGGCUCGUGAAUACAAUUGGAAUGUGAAAAGCAAAGCAUCCAAAGGUUAUGAAGAAAACUACUUCCUUGUUGUACGUGAGGAUGGUGUUUAUUAUAAUGAACUAGAAACGAGAGUUAGACUCAGUAAGCGGCGUCAAAAAGUGGGACAACAGCCGAAUAAUACAAGAUUGAUUGUACGUCAUCGCCCAUUGAAAGCUCAAGAAUAUCGUAUGCAGAGGUACAGGGAACGUCAGCUUGAACCUCCUGGUGAGGAGGAGGAAGAAGAAGAUGAAGAGGAUGAGGAAGAGGAGGAAGAAACACAGGAACAGCAGCAGCAAGAAGAUGGAGAAGAAACACAACAGGAUGAUAAAACAGAACAGAGAGAAGAAGAUGGCGAAGCUGAUGGGGAGGACUCUGAUGGUGAAAAGGCAACAGAGGAUGGUGAGACACAGAAUGGCGAAGCUGCUGAGGAAGAUGAUGACCAGGAGAACAGUGGAAAUGACAGUGCUAUUGCCAGUGAGAGUGAGAAGGAAGGAAGUGACAAAGAUGAGAGUGACAAGGAAGCAAGUGAUAAGGAUGGUAGUGAUAAAGAAGCAAGUGAGAGGGAUGAUAGCGAUAAAGAGGCAAGUGACAGGGAAGCUAGUGACAGGGAAGCGAGUGAUAAAGAAGAGAGCCAAGAAGAAAAUGAGGAAGAAGGCGAAGAGGCAGAGGGCGAAAGACAAGAAACAGAGAUGGAAGUAGAAGGAGAGGAAGAAGAAACAGGCACAGAGAAAGAGGCAGAAGAAGACCAAGAGGCUGCAGCUAGUGCCAAGGAAGAUGGCAGAAGUGACAGUGAGGAAGAGGGCAGUGCUAGUGAGGGGAGCACAUCAUCAGGAAGUAACAAAUCACAGUCAGGCAGUGGAAGCGGAAGUGGAAGUGGUAGUGAUAGCAGUAGCGCCAGUGACAGUGAUAGCGGUGUGUGAUAUUUCAUUUUUUGUUGCUUGCGAUGUAAAUAUUUGUUUUAUAGAUUUUCAUUGUGUGUGAGUAUAUACACUGUGUAAAUCUGAUCAUGAAUGACAGUUCUGUAAUGAAAUAGUCAUUAAUUCUCUUAUAUUUUGUGAUUUAUUGUAAUAAAUAGUGAACUUGAUAUUCACUUUGAUGACAAGGAAAUGCUUGCCAGGUGGUUAUACCUGUCAUGUGAUGUUCUCUGAUCAGAAUAUAAUAAAAUCCAUGUUCAUUGAA